GUUCCUUGUCACGAGUCUGCAGGGAAUUACCUUAAAACUCCUAGAGGAAGAUGCACAGAAACAGCCUAUACUGAAUGGACAGUUUGGAGAAAGAUUUCUUAACUGGUAUUCCGGUCCAAGGCCAACAAAGUUUACAGAACGACCUCGGCCCGGAGUCCAAAUGAUCUGUUCUUCUUUUAGUGCUGGUGGAAUGUUUUUGGCCACUGGGAGCACAGAUCACAUCAUUAGGGUUUAUUUCUUUGGAUCAGGUCAGCCAGAGAAGAUAUCAGAGUUGGAGUUUCAUACUGACAAAGUUGACAGCAUUCAGUUUUCUAAUAGUAGUAGCAGAUUUGUGAGUGGAAGCCGUGAUGGAACAGCACGAAUCUGGCAAUUUAAGCGAAGGGAGUGGAAAAGCAUUUUGCUGGAUAUGGCUACUCGCCCAGCAGGACAAAGUUUACAAGGAGUGGAAGAUAAAAUCACAAAGCUGAAAGUGACCAUGGUGGCAUGGGACCGCCAUGACAACUCUGUUAUAACUGCAGUAAAUAACAUGACUCUGAAAGUUUGGAAUUCUUUCACUGGCCAACUCAUUCAUAUUCUCAUGGGACAUGAAGAUGAAGUGUUUGUACUUGAACCUCAUCCGUUUGAUCCGAGAGUUCUUUUCUCUGCUGGACAUGAUGGAAAUGUCAUAGUUUGGGAUUUGGCAAGAGGGGUCAAAAUCCGGUCUUACUUCAACAUGAUUGAAGGACAAGGACAUGGUGCAGUUUUUGACUGCAAGUGCUCUCCUGAUGGACAGCAUUUUGCAUGUACAGAUUCUCACGGUCACCUUCUGAUUUUUGGCUUUGGUUCCAGUAGCAAAUAUGACAAGAUAGCCGAUCAGAUGUUCUUUCAUAGUGAUUAUCGGCCCCUUAUCCGUGAUGCCAACAACUUUGUCCUGGAUGAACAGACACAGCAAGCUCCACACCUUAUGCCUCCCCCAUUUUUGGUUGAUGUGGAUGGCAACCCUCAUCCUGCAAGGUAUCAAAGGCUGGUUCCUGGUCGUGAGAACUGCAGGGAGGAACAGCUUAUUCCUCAGAUGGGAGUGACAUCUUCAGGAUUGAAUCAAGUUCUUAGUCAACAAGCAAAUCAAGAAGUUAGUCCGUUGGAUAGCAUGAUUCAACGACUUCAGCAAGAGCAGGACCAGAGGCGUUCCGGGGAGGCAGGAACCAGUAGUAACAGCCGGAUUAGCAGAGGAUCUGUAAGUUCUACCUCAGAAGUACAUUCGCCACCAAAUAUAGGAUUGAGACGUAGUGGACAAAUUGAAGGUGUGCGUCAGAUGCACAGCAACGCACCAAGAAGUGAAAUAGCCACUGAGCGGGACCUUGUGGCGUGGAGUCGAAGGGUUGUAGUGCCUGAACUGUCUUCUGGUGUGGCCAGUAGGCAGGAAGAAUGGAGAACAGCAAAGGGAGAAGAAGAAGUAAGGGUGUAUCGAUCAGAAGAGAAAAGAAAACACGUAAUGAGUCACAUUCAAAGAGAAAACAAAAUCCCUACUUUCCCUAAGAACCAUUCUCAUGAUCAUUUACUAGACACUAGCGACUCCAGAAAGCAGCAAGCUAAUCAGCACAACUACCGUACAAGAUACGCCGUAGAAGAAACUGCAAGGCCUGCUGAAGAGUUAGAAAAUGGACACAGUUCCUCAGAUGAAGGGGAAGUAGCUGUUGCCAGCGGUGGGACAUCAGAAGACGAUGAAAGAGCGUGGCACAGUGAUGGCAGCUCUAGUGACUACUCUAGUGAUUAUUCUGACUGGACAGCAGAUGCAGGAAUCAAUCUGCAACCACCAAAGAAAAUUCCUAAAAUUAAAACAAAGAAAGCUGAAAGUAGUUCAGAAGAUGAAGAAGGACCUGAAAAACAAAAGAAGCAAAUGAAAAAAGAAAGGAAAAAAGGAAUUGAAGAGAAAGAUGGACCAUCAACAUCACCAAAGAAGAGAAAACCCAAAGAGAGAAAACAGAAG